CCGUUAUUUCCCUCUUCUUUCUGUCUCAUUUCCUAAGAGGGUUCCUGUCUCUAAACCCCAAUUCUCACCCUCCUUGGAAACCCUUUCUUUUCGGCGGCUCUCUCUGUUCUUAGUUCCUACUUUCCGGUUCUACAAUUGCACUUCCGCCGCCGGCAAUGGCCUUGUUCAGUCGCCUGAGGCUCGCCGCGCAUCCGCUUGCUCGUGUUUCGUGUCCGAACCGGGGAUAUGGAUCAGCUGCGGCGCUUCAGCUCGACUACGAUUAUUUCGAGGAUGAAGAGGACCGCGCCGGAAAUCUUUCGGCCCGUUUCCUCGAGGAUUCUGAUGGAUCGUUUCCCGGUAGAGGAGUUCAGUGGGUGAUUAUAGGUGACCCGAUGGCGAAGAGAAACGUCUAUGCCGAGGGGCUCUCUAAGCUUCUGGAUGUUCCCCAUAUUUCCAUGGGCUCUCUCGUCCGACAAGAACUCAAUCCACACUCUUCUCUGCACAAGCAGAUAGCCAGUGCUGUGAAUGAGGGGAAGCUAGUUCCAGCUCAUGUAAUUUUUAGGCUGUUGUCGAAGAGGCUGGAAGAAGGACACCGCAGGGGUGAAAGUGGUUUCAUUUUGGAUGGGAUUCCUCGAACAAAGGCCCAAGCUGAGUUGCUGGACCAAGUCGUAGACAUUGACUUGGUUUUGAAUCUAAAGUGCAUAGAGGAUUCCACGGUGAAGAAAGGUGCAAGUGGUGGGAUCUAUUUGUGUAAAGAAUUUCUCAGCAUGUCCACCUCCUCCAAAUUCAAUCUCGGCCAAAAGCAAGAGAAUGACAAUUUGAACUUCUCUGAUUAUCCGGAAGCUGCUGGGAGGGAGAAGUUGCGUCUUUAUGCAGAGCAGAGCAAACCAGUGGAAGAACACUACAGGAAGCAGAGAAAGCUACUGGAUUUCCAAGUGUCUGGAGCUCCAGGAGAAACAUGGCAAGGCCUCCUGGCUGCUUUGCACCUUCAGCAUAUGAAUGUUGUCACUUCAUCAUCUUCUACAUCUCAGAAGUUGACUGCGUGAUGCUGAUCAGAAUCGUUUCUUGCAGUAAUCGGUAUAGAAAUAUUAGAGCUGCAGAUUUUUUGUGGGACCAACCAGUUUUGUUUGCCAAGUGUGUACAAGUAAGUAGUUAUAGCGAAGAGCUACAGUAGAUGAUAAAAGUUGUGACAUUGUUCAAUCUUUCUCUCGAUCCAUCUUUGUGACAUUUCAUAUUUUUGGUGAGUGAUAUGCUAAAUGUUUUUACAUUUGCUGAACUCUAAUUGUAUGAGCUCCUCUCUAUCUCUCUCUCAAUCACAAACAUUCAAGGCCUAGCUAUGUGAAUUUUAUAAGGAGUGUGUUACUAUUUUAUUUUCAGCCUUAUCAGUGGCUACAUUAUUAUUGUUAUUGUUGUUAUUAUUAUUGUUGUUAUUUUUGUU